AAGACGUGGGUCACGCAAAGUGAGCAACUGAUCCGGAAGCAAAAGGCAGCAGGGCGGAGAAGAGGGCGGAAAGGAGGGCGCGCGUCCGGGUCGGCCCGGAGUGGGCGGGGCGGGGCGGAGCCGGGCAUGAUAACUGCUCGGACGCCGCCGGGGCUGGGUCGGAGCGUGGCGGAGAAGCGGGUGUCGCCCGCGCAGCUGCCCCCCCUGACUGUUCCGAGUGGCCCCCGCGAGCUCCGCUUCAGCCAUGAUGAUCCACGGCUUCCAGAGCAGUCACCAAGACUUCUCCUUCGGGCCCUGGAAACUGACGGCGUCCAAGACCCAUAUCAUGAAGUCAGCGGAUGUGGAGAAGUUAGCUGAUGAGUUGCAUAUGCCGUCUCUCCCUGAAAUGAUGUUUGGAGACAAUGUUUUAAGAAUCCAACAUGGCUCUGGCUUUGGGAUUGAGUUCAAUGCUACAGAUGCAUUAAGAUGUGUAAAUAACUACCAGGGAGUGCUUAAAGUAGCCUGUGCUGAAGAAUGGCAGGAAAGCAGGACGGAGGGUGAACACUCCAAAGAGGUUGUUAAACCAUAUGACUGGACCUAUACCACAGAUUAUAAGGGAACGUUACUUGGAGAUUCUCUUAAGUUAAAGGUUGUAUCUACAACAGAUCAUAUAGAUACAGAAAAAUUGAAAGCCAGAGAACAGAUUAAGUUUUUUGAAGAAGUUCUCCUAUUUGAGGAUGAACUUCAUGAUCAUGGAGUUUCAAGCUUGAGUGUCAAAAUUAGAGUAAUGCCUUCUAGCUUUUUCCUGCUGUUGCGGUUUUUCUUGAGAAUUGAUGGGGUGCUUAUCAGAAUGAAUGACACGAGACUUUACCAUGAGGCUGACAAGACCUACAUGUUACGAGAAUAUACUUCACGAGAAAGCACAAUUGCUAAUUUAAUGCAUGUUUCACCUUCCCUCUUCACGGAACCUAAUGAAAUAUCCCAGUAUUUACCAAUAAAGGAAGCAGUUUGUGAGAAGCUAAUAUUUCCAGAAAGAAUUGAUCCUGACCCAGCAGACUCACAAGGAAGUACACCUGUGGAAUAGAAUGUGAUACAACAUAUACUCACUGUGGAAUCUGACUGGACACCUUGGCUAUUUAUAGGGGGAUAUUUUUAUUAUGAAAAUUAAUUGCCUUGUUUAUGUGCAGAUUUUCUGUAGCCUUAAAGGAUUAAAAAAAAUAAAGGAUUAUUGCAGGCAGGUUCCACUCAACUGCUCUUUGUACAGUCUGUCUUCAAAUUCAUAUUCCAGAUUUACAUUUGCUGGAGUUAAAUUUGGAUUUCUAAAUUGUCACAAAAUGGGACCUGAGCUGUAGUGAUGUCUGUGUCUCAUGAAUAGUGAGCAAGCACAACCUGCGUUCAUCAUGAAACAGUGUCUUCUGCCAUGAGGAGGCUAAUUUAAACCAGAGAAUCUCAGUGUCUUGUGACUUUCGUAGGAUCCUGAUCAUGCAUGUCGAUGUACUGGCUGUUCACUUUGGGCUUUCCGGUAUUUAUUUACAUUUCUGGAGAGUUGUCACUUGCCACAUAGGAAAUUAUUCUCAUAAUUUAGUGAUCUUCACCCAUAAGAUUUUAAAAAUAUAUUUCCCCCAAUUUUAAAUUGGCUAUGAAAUUUAAAGAAAGUUUUAGACAUAGAACCAGAACCAAAAAUGCCCGGGUUUUGGAGAACUUAUGCUGUCAUGUACAUGGAAACAUGAGCAUGCUUACUGCUGAUAGGUAGGAUAGCAGAGCUGCCUUUCCUCCGUCACUAGGUGCUUUUUCUUAUGUGUGGUUCUCCUUGUACUGAUAUUGUUUGUUUCCUUCUUCCUUGCAAUCUCAGAGUGAAUAAAUCCCUUAAAUUUGGAACUGGCCCUAAAAAGCACAAAGGGCUUAUUAGGGACCGUUUUUAGCAAAGCAACAAGAUUAAUUUUCUGCUUAAGAUAUUUGUGGAAUAGGUGUGGAAGAGGAGGGGGCAUAUUUAAAUUACAAAAGCCAGUUUUUCUAUUUUACAAUUCAUGUUUGUAACAUUACAAGGGAUCUAGUAAAAUGUAAUUAAUUAGCACAGGGCCCAGGUAGUGUAGAAAGUACACUUCAAAUCUAUUUGGUUAUUUUGAUGAUGACCCCUUAAACAUUUUCUUUUCUGCUUUUCUAAAUAGUCUUCAUAAAGCAGACAGUGAUUAUAAAGCACCAAAUAAGGGAUUAUUUGGAUUGGAUUUUUAAAACUAAUUUUUUGAAGGUCAGAAGGUGAGAAAAAAUCCCUGCUUAUGUUCUGAUUUGAAGUAACUGUAUUACUGAAGUAACAUAUUUCCACUUGGUAGAUAGAUCAUUAAGAAAGAAAGAAUUGAACGUGUUAGCAAAGUUCUUCAGGUAUUAGCCUGAAGAUAAAUUUUAGUUAAACAGAUACACUUGGAUAUUCACCAUUGCUCAAACUUGUGUGUUAUCGUGAGCCAACAGGCAGGACGUGUUUAUUAUGUGCAUUUGGUCACGAAUGGUUUUGGUAUUUGUCUGCCUUCUGUAUCACCUCCAAGGUAUAGGAAAUUAGGGUUUUGUUGACUUUAAGAAAACAAGUGGUAUGUUCACUGUGUAUUCAGUAUACCUGUAUUUAAUGUUUUCUUAUAGAACAGAAAAGUGAGUGUGUGUAUAUAAUAUAUACACACACACUGUACUCAGCUGUUUGUUUUACUUGCCAUGCAGAUUUGAACCGAGCAAACUAUUCAUGCAAAUUAUAAGAAAUGAAAAAUGUAUGACUAUUCAUUAGUUGGAGCUUCUGGGCAACAUCGUGUGUGUGUGUGUGUGUGUGUGUGUGUGUGUGUGUGUGUGUGUGUGUGUGUGUGUGUGUACACAUACUUUUUUUUUAACUUGUUGAUUCAAUGUCUUGGUCCCUGAGUAGUGCUAGAUUACUUAUUUUGAGAACUCAUUGUUAAAAAUCAUAGGGAAUUAAAAGAAUUGGCCCUUACCCCCCCCCCCCCCUUAUUUUAGAUGAUAAGAGGUGGGUAGAAUGAGUGUACUUCUGAAAAUUGUAUUAGUUUAUUCCUGUGGGGAAUACCAGGAAAAUGUGUAUUUGCCCAUUGCUAAAUAUGACAUGCCAUUUUAUAUUUAUUUGUCCCAAGUGUCUUUUUUGUAAGAAGAGAAUAAACAAUAAGGAAUUACUGAU